CUGGGUCAGCGAAAGUUUCCUGCUGAACCUGCAGCCGGUGGGAAGCCCGGGCAGGAGCUGGGAAUUUGCAGGUGUCCAAGAGCUGGCUGCUGUUAUUUAUUGGGAAAUGCACUCUGCGAAUGGUCAGAGGAAUGCCUUUGUAGGGUAGAUCUCAACCUUGCUGGUGCAAACGGCUUCCAGGUUCUAGAAUUUGCAGUGAGACUUGAGGACAAGGGGCGGUGGCUCCCAACUCGAAGCCAUGACAGAGGCUGUUGACCUAUCGUUUCUCUCAGAGGCAGAGAGGGAUUUGAUCCUCCAGGUCCUACAGCGGGAUGAGGUGGUCCGGAAAGUUGAGGAGAGGAGAAUUAGGCGCUUGAAGAAUGAGCUCCUUGAGAUCCGCAGGAGAGGUGCCAAGAGGGGAAGCCAGCGCUACAGCGAGCGGACAUGCGCCCGCUGCCAGCAGAGCCUGGGCCGGAUCAGCCUCAAAGCCAACACUUGCCGUGGCUGUAACCACCUGGUGUGCCGCGAUUGCCGGGCCUACAAUGCCAACAGCUCUUGGUGCUGCAAAGUCUGUACCAAGGAGGCGGACCUCAAGAAAUCUACCGGGGACUGGUUCUAUGACCAAAAAAUAAACCGUUUUGCUAAUAGGUUGGGCAGUGACCUCAUUCGAAUGUCCCUGCGGCGCAAGCCACAAGCAAGCAAAAGGGAGACGAUGGGACAAGUCCUACUUCAAAAGGCCCAGCUCAGUGAUUCCAAAGUCGGGCGAAAAAGUCCCCAGCAGCACCGCAAGGAAGCCGGCUUGAUCUCCUCGGAGCCCCGAGACCCAAAGAGUGAUACAGAAUCCACUGAGAACAUGAGUCUGGAUGGGUACCAUCCCGUCUCUGCUCCUUCAGCAAUCAGCCCUGGCCCAGAGAAAACAAAAACUCUCAGCCCUUCUGGGUCCAACGCAUCCAGCUUGACCGUUCCUAUCCGCUCCAGAGAGGCUCUUCCCUCGGAUUCAGACACUGAAUCCCGUCUAGGGAGCCGUGGGACUGCUUCAGCGGAUGAAAGUGAAACUUUAUUCAAGAAGAACACCAGGAGAAGUCAGAGAUCCUCAGAAUUCACCAAAUCAGUGAUUGACCUGCGACUGGAGGUGCCCAGCAGUGAAAGUGGAUCUCUUGGAGACAGAAGCAAGUCUGUGCCAGGCCUCAACAUGGACAUGGAGGAGGAGGAAGAUGAAGAUAUUGACAGCCUGGUAGAGAUUCACCGGCGGAGGACAACCAGAGGCAGCAUGCGCAGUGGCGUGUCCUCGAGCACUCUGGGAAGCAUGGUCAGUAUUUACAGCGAGGCCGGGGACUUUGGCAACAUUUGUGUGACAGGGGAGAUUGUCUUCUCCUUGAGCUACGAGCAGAAGGCGGAGAUCCUGUUCAUCCACGUGAAGGAAUGCCGCCACCUGGCCCAUGCUGACGAGGCCAAGAAGCGCUCCAACCCGUAUGUGAAGACGUACCUUCUUCCGGACAAAUCCCGACAAGGGAAGCGUAAAACCACCAUCAAACGGAAUAGCAUCAACCCCCUGUACAAUGAAGUGCUAAAGUAUGUGAUCAACAAGCCCCUGUUGAUGACCAGGACUCUGCAGUUCUCAGUGUGGCAUCAUGAUCGCUUUGGCCGGAAUAUAUUCUUGGGAGAGGCAGAAGUUCCGAUGUCCUCCUGGAACUUUGAGAACCAGUUGGAGGAAUGCCUCCCAUUGCAUGGCAAGGGGGGUGCUGACUCUGCUGCCUUCCUGCAAUAUAAAGGCGAACUAGUGGUUUCCUUAAAAUAUAUCCCACCUGCUAAGCAUCCUAAUGCAGGGAAUGGACGAAAAGCGAAAAAAGACGGAGGAGGUGAAUUGCAGGUCUGGAUCAAAGAGGCCAAGAAUUUGACGGCAGCCAAAUCUGGGGGGGCCGAUCGACAGCUUGUCAGGGGUGCGAACUGGACCCUUUUGUGCCCAUUAAGAAGGAUGCCACCAAAGGGAAAACACGAUUACGUGAAGAAGAGCCUAAAUCCCCACUACAACCACACCUUCAUCUACAACAAUGUCACCGCGGAAGAACUGUCCCACAUUUGUCUGGAGCUUACUGUGUGGGACCGAGGCCCACAAUCAGCAACUGACUUUCUGGGAGGAGUCCGGCUAGGGGUUGGAAAUGGGCAGGUGGCCGUAGGGCUGGUAGACUGGAUGGACUCUGGAGAGAUCAACCUGUGGCAGAAGAUAUUGCAAGUACCAAGUGCGGGCGAAGGAGGCACCUCUUAGCUCCACCAUGGCUGGAGUCGAAACCUUAACCUUUAUUACCCUGACUAGGGACGUGAAGGCCUGAGGAGGGACCAGGCUGCUUUGCUGGACAGCAGCUCUUAAAGAGAAGCUGGAGCAAGACUUCCUGUCUCUGAGUGUGCAGCAAUAAAGUGAAUUUCAGUGGCCCUUGAAGCCAGCUGUUUCUGAGGGCUGUUUGUUGGCUGUAUUUAAUGGGUCUUGUUUUGUAACUCUGUUGGAACUGGCUGCCGUUCAGGCAGUAUGUGGGUGCCUUGGAGACCCAGGGGGUGGGUGGAUCCUAAAGUGCCUCUUAACUUGUUUUCCAUGUUCCCUUUUCUUUCUGCUCUUUCUUUUCCAUGCAUUGGGGUUUUUUUAAAAGGUUUCUUGGGCAGAUGCUUUCUACAUCUGUUCCUGCUUAAUGCCUUCUAUUUUAUGUGCUGGGCUGGGGUCACUGAAAUAAAGUUCAAGUAGAUGAGCUAUAGGAA